CCCAUGGUGGGUCAGGGCUGGAGCCGGAGCAAACCCUGCGAGGGAGCAGGCGAUGCGGAGCAGGUGCUUCCCGGAUCCCAGCGCUGCCCCCCACACGAUGGCGUCUCCCCGGAUCCUCAGCACCGUCCUGGCCCUGCUCAGCCUCCUGCUGCUGCUGGUGGCCCUGGGCUCCGACCACUGGCUGGUGGCCACCAGCCGCCUCGGGUCCCUCCAUGAGGGGCUGUGGAAGAGCUGCCAGAAUUCGGUGUGUGAACAAAUUUCUUCAGCAUCAGUCUCUUUAAAGGUCACCAGGGCUUUCACACUGCUGGGCGUGAUCGCGGGGUUUCUCUCCUCCUUCGCUCUCCUCGCCUCGUUCCUGCGCUCCCACCUCGGCUCCUUAGCUCUGACCCUGCUCUCCUUCCUGGGCAGCUUCAGCGCAGGGCUCUGUACCAUGAUCGCGCUGGCCGUGUUCACAGGGGAGUUUGCUGGGGCCGUGAAUGUCCCGUCGGGCCAAGUCACCUUCGGCUGGUCCUUCGGCCUCGGUUGGGCCUCCUUCCCCCUCUUCCUCAUCACUGGUGUGGUGAUGCUGGUCGCCCACCAAUCCUCCUAGAGCCGAGUGGGGGGCCCGUGCUGGCCCCGGGGAUGGGGCCGGGAGCCAUGCAGGCCGGACACAGCCUGCAGCGUCCUGGGACCAGCAAU